CCCUGGCCGAGGCCCGUGUGAUGUGUCUCCAGAGCCCGUGAUCCACUCGACUGCCCUGCUUUUACACAUCCUGUACCUGCAGGGUUUCCCACCCGCGAGUUGUUUCUCUCACCAGAGAGCCACUGGGUGUUUCUCCUUUCCUGGCACCCAGUCUGUAGGCCUGUGAUGGCAUCUGCCUGCCAGGCGUGGUCACCAGCCUCCCCCAGCACCCGCGGGAGCCCAGCGCUGUGGGCGGCCCUGUUUGGCAGGGCAGGGAUGGGAGGGUGAGCGAAGCUGCGGCAGGUUACGCCUAGGGAGCCACAGCGCCAGGGCUCAGGCUCAGCAGGUGCCCCGGGACCCUGCUGUCUGGUCUGCAGCACUUGGCUCGCAGGAUGCUGAAGGGAACUCCUCCAUCUGCGGCCUGCGCCUUUGAAGUGUCCUCCGUCGCCGUGCUUGUGGCAAGAGCAGCCCCCGGGGCACGUGAGGAGUGGGAGCGGUUUCAGUGUGGCCUGGGGCUGGCUGAUGUCCCAGGACGGGGGUACCUGCCACAGCUCCUCUCUCUCACUUUCCUGCAGGCCGCCGCAUCCCCCAGGGCUCAGCUGCUGGCUUCCAGGCCUAGGUGCCCAUGACGCCUAUGCUCACCACUGCCUGGACACCACCGCUGCCCCAAGCUAGCACCACCGCCCGGGCCCCAAUGCCGGUCAUGCCCAUCCCGCGGCGGGUGCGCUCCUUCCACGGCCCGCACACCACCUGCCUGCACGCAGCCUGCGGGCCGGCGCGCACCUCCCGCCUGGCGCGCACUAAGUACAACAACUUCGACGUGUACAUCCGGGCGCGCUGGCUGUACGGCUUCAUCCGCUUUCUGCUCUACUUCAGCUGCAGCCUCUUCACGGCCACGCUGUGGGGCGCGCUGGCCGCGCUCUUCUGCCUGCAGUACCUGGGCGUGCGCGUCCUUCUGCGCUUCCAGCUGAAGCUCUCGGUGCUGCUGCUGCUGCUGGGCCGCCGGCGCGUGGAUUUCCGCCUGCUCAACGAGCUGCUCAUCUACGGCAUCCGAGUGACGGUGCUGCUGGUGGGGGGCCUGGGCUGGUGCUUCAUGGUCUUCGUGGACAUGUGAGGGCCACCGUGGGCCUGGGCUCUGGGGUUUGUUUACUGCGGCCCUGUUCUGUUCUUGAGGGGGUAGGUCAGGAUUCUGCUCUUUCCAGCCCGUCUUGCGGAUGGGUCUGAAGACCGUCCACCUCCGGCGGUGGGUCUGGGCGCGGGUGCUGAGACUGUUCUGCGAAGGGGACGCUGGCGCCCCCUCUGCUGCUGGUUUUCCGCUCCAACCCUCCGUGUGUUCAUAUUCCCCCAAAGCUCCCGUCACUGAGGUGGACACCUGUCCACGCCGUCAGGAUGGCAGGAGGGGUCUGGCCGUGCCACCUUGAAUGUCGUUGCGGCCACGUGAGGAACUGACACGUUGAACACAAAGAUGCUCGGUGUCUCGAGUGCCUGUUAUAUUCUUUAUGAAAUGAGCCACCUGCAUUAAACUUAUUUUUUUA